AUGGCAACCCCAGGAGAAGGCAGCAAACCCAGUGAUGAUGCAGCAACAGCCCAGUCAGAGGCACCACCUAUGCAGCAUCUUACGCCUCGGGUGGCCCGCAGACGCCUGUCCCAGGCCCGUCAUCGAGCCACUCUGGCGGGGCUCUUCAACAGCCUAAGGAAGAUGGUUUACUCCCAGUCUGAUCUCACAGCCUCAAAGUGGCAGGUCCUGAAUAAGGCGAAGAGUCACAUUCAAGAACUGGAACAAAUCCUGGAUGAUUUGCUGAGACUCAAAGAAUCCUUCAACCUACAAGAUGGGAAUGCCAGCACUUUAGAGGAGGUCAAAGAAGAAUAUUCCAGAGUGUAUUCUGGGAAUGAAAGCCUAAUCUUAAAUAGUUUUUCUCAAGACAACUCCUUCCCAUGGCACCCAACUGAGGAAGUCAGGAAGGGUGAUGAGAAAGAAGAGAAUGAAGAGGGAGAGGAGGAAGCAGACCAAGAAGAGGAAGAGGAGGAGGAGGAAGAAGAGGAAGAGGAGAAAAAAGUAGAUCUCCCACACUCCUCAGCCACUUUGUCACCAGACCUGCUGGAAUUUGAACGGUACCUCAACUUUUACAAGCAGGCGAUGGACCGUCUGACCACAAAUGGCAUCAUCUCCCCGCAGGAAGAGACACUCCCUAUCGUCUCAGCCGCCAUCUCCCACCUGUGGCAGACCCUCUCUGAAGAGAAGAAGACCAGUCUCCUGCAGGCCUGGGAGCAGCAGUACUGCAAUCUCCCUGACCUCACCAAGGCCUGUCUGGAGAUGGCCUGCCUGGAGGACAGUAUGAAGGACAGUGGGGUGGAAAGCCAAGGGGCCAGUGGCUCACUGGGCUCCACCCCAGAAGAGAUCCUGUUUGAAGAUGCCUUCGAUGUGGCAAGUUUCCUGGACAAAAGUGAGGAGCUGAGUAUGGCUAGCCUCAGUUCCAUUUUUGCCUCAGAAAAUUCAGAGGAAAAGUUUCAGCUCUACAUGCAGAUCACUGAGUUUUUACAAGGCAUUUGCUGCAUUAACCCUGAGAUAAAACAGGAACCAGCCCUGCCCAUGGAUGAUGAGAUGCUGCUGCUGAAGUGUCUGGAGACCUUUGAUGAUGAAGAUUUGUAACACAGAAGGGCUGUCAGAGAAAGGCUUGAAUGAGAGGAUGGUUUCUAGGUUUGAAUGCUAGUAGUUGGGGUUACACCAAUGUUGCUUUCUAGACUCUUUGG